AUUAAUUUUUUGUGAUUAAGUAAAACACAUUAACGACACGAGUUUUGUCUCUUUAACAAAAACAAAAACGACAUCUAUUUUGUGUUACUUAAAAAAAAUGCAGAACGACUCGUCGUUUAAUGAGGUAAUUGAGGACAGAAAAGAAACACAUUCCAGUGAUCCACUACGCUAAAACGACAUGUCGUUUUCGGUAUCAAGUUCGCAGAAAGGAACACAAGACAAAAGCUCCCAACAACUACAACAAUGGAUCAGUCUUCCCAUUCAAUCUUUCCUCUGCUCCUGAAAAUUCCUAAUCCGUUGAGUUUAUACAAAUUCAGUAUAUAUUAUACAUAUAUUUGUGUAUGAAGAUCGUCACCUAUAACGUGAAUGGCCUGAGACCACGAAUCUCACAAUACGGUUCUCUGCUCAAACUUCUGGACUCCUUCGACGCCGACAUCAUAUGCUUCCAGGAGACCAAGCUCCGAAGGCAGGAACUCACCGCCGAUUUGGUAAUGGCGGAGGGUUACGAGUCGUUCUUUUCCUGUACUCGAACCUCCGAACGAGGCCGAACUGGCUAUUCCGGUGUUGUUACUUUUUGCCGUGUGAAUUCGGCGUUUUCGAGUACUGAAGUGGCGUUGCCAUUGGCGGCAGAGGAAGGUUUUACUGGUGUUCUUGGAAAUCCUCGUUUGGUUGCUACUGGACUCGAGGAGUUUGAGAAAGAUGAUCUUGUUAAGGUUGAUGGUGAAGGUCGUUGUGUUAUGACUGAUCAUGGUCAUUUUGUUCUGUUCAAUUUGUAUGGGCCUCGAGCUCAAUGUGAUGAUGCAGAAAGGAACGAAUUUAAGCUCAAAUUCUACAAGAUAUUGCAGAAAAGAUGGGAGUCUUUGCUGUGUGGGGGAAGGAGAAUAAUUGUUGUUGGUGAUCUAAACAUUGCACCCACUUCUUUAGAUCGCUGUGAAGCAGGACCAGAUUUUGAAAACAACGAAUUCAGAAGAUGGUUUCGAUCCAUGUUAGUGGAAAAUGGAGGCGCUUUCUUUGAUGCUUUCAGAGAAAAACACCCUGAUAGAAGGGAAGCAUACACAUGCUGGUCUCAGAGUACAGGUGCAGAAGAAUUCAAUUAUGGAUCAAGAAUUGACCAUAUUCUAUGUGCUGGACCAUGCUUGCACCAAGAGCAGGACCAGAAAGGCCACAACUUUGUAACUUGCCACUUUGAGGAGUGUGACAUAUUGACACAGUAUAAACGAUGGAAACCGGGAAAUACACUCAGAUGGAAAGCAGGACAGCGCAUCAAGCUAGAAGGCUCGGAUCAUGCUCCUGUUUAUACAAGUUUACUGCAACUACCUGACAUCCCUAAACACAGCACCCCAUCUUUAUCUGCCCGAUACAUGCCUAUGGUUUAUGGUAUCCAGCAAACUCUUGUGUCCACCUUAAUGAAAAGACAAGUUGCAAAAGAAAUUAAGCUUUCCGAAGUAUCAAGUUCAAUUCCAGAUGGAGACAUUAUUCUUGGAAGCUGUGCUGAUAGAGAUAAAAGAACUUUUGGUCUAUGUGAUGUAGCUGAUGUACCCUCCGGAAACCUUUGUUCUUCUUCAAGCCAAGGAUCUGAAGUUCUCAUUUCGACAGGAGAUAAGAUCCCAAGAGUUGCUGAUGACAAAGUUGCUUCUAUUACCUCAAUUACACCAGGGAGUAAAUACAUCAGAUCAAUGUCUAAUAACGAGCUUAAGAAAAAAGCGAAGAAAAAUCAGCAGUCCCAACUCUCAAUUAUGUCAUUUUUUCGUAAAACUUCAGUCGUUAGCAAUGGUGCUGGUGUAGAUAGUUCAACUAAUCAGGAAGAUAGUUUUGAGCCUAGUGAUCUGUCAAAUGAGCCUCUGUUGGGGGAUAGUCAGACAAAGAACCUCAGUCAGAGUGAUAGUCCUCAGCAGAUUGAGUUGGAGUCAAGUGAACCAACUUUGGAUCAGAUUGAAGUGAUUACUUGCUCUUCAGAGAAGAAUAGUGCUGCCCUACUUGAGUGGCAAAGGAUACAGCAGAGGAUGCAGAAUAGCAUCCCUCUUUGCAAGGGUCAUAAAGAACCUUGUGUUGCUAGAAUUGUGAAGAAACAAGGACCAAAUUUUGGUCGCCGAUUUUAUUGUUGCGUACGAGCUGAGGGACCUGCAUCUAAUCCUGAAGCAAAUUGUGGUUAUUUUAAAUGGGCUGCUUCAAAAUCACGGCGAAAAUGAUGAUAAUGAUUAAUAAUUUGACCUUUUAACUUUAACUAAAAGCUGCUCUCUCUCUCUUUGUUUUCCUCUUUUUUUGUCUAUUUUGCAUUGCUCAUGCUAACAACCAUGUUCUGUAAAAAUGCUAUAUUUAUCAUAUAUAUUAUUUGGCUUUUUUUUUUCUUUAACAAA